AGGAAGCGUUUAUGGUAAUGACGUUGUAGGGAAGUGAGAGAGCCACGAGGGGAGGAGUUAACGUCCGCUGUCAGUGGCAUGCGGUGCGGGACAGCCUCUGAAGCGUUUAAAGGCAAAUGCAAGCAGACGCUGACGUGAGCGAACAAUUCGGAACUCCUCUUACUCUUUCUGCCCUGCGGGUUUCAGACAACGUCAAGCAGCGAUCGCUGGAAAUGCAUGGCCAAACGCAGAAAGAAAUCAAUACGCACACGUGUCAGCACAAGAGAAAUUGCUUGAAGAGUGGAACAAAAAAGAGUCCAAAUGCCACUCUGCAACAGUGGGAAUCUCCCUGCAGGGAACUCUGUCCUAGACCCACAGGCAUGCAAGUGAGCUAACUGGGGGUCGGUCCCAACCCACUUGGCCCCCCCCUUCCCUGUCAUGACUAGUCGUGGAGUAUAGUUCUAUGUGCAACAUGGGUAACACACUAAGCCAAGAAGAUAUAUCUCCUGCUGAGCUGGAUGCCUUGUGGAGGGAACCAGCAUAUACUCUAGGGGGGACCCACGAACACUUUUCAGGAAAUUACAUCAUGACUGAAGGCGUAGGUGAGGAGGAGGAUGGCCCCGUAGUGGAGUCAGGUGAAGGAGAACCAGAGCCAAAUAACUACUGGAAGCGAAAAGAGGCAUUUCUUAAAGGAAGUCGGAUGACACUGGGCGAAAAAUGCUCCUCAGAAGUUACACUCCUUUUCACUGGACGCCGACGCUCCAGUGAGGACCCAGACCGGGCUCUCCAGGAGGCCCUGCGCACCCGACUCCGAGUAGUGGAGAGCAAUAGCAAAGAUGUCAUCCAGCUGUUUAAGGACCUAUCUGCACGUCUGGUGUCUGUUCAUGCGGAGAAGGACAGCUUUGUCCUCACAUUUAAAACUGUAGAGGAACUCUGGAAGUUUUCGACAUAUCUAGCAUUAGGUUACGUGGCACGGUGCUUGGAGAACUUCCUGUGUGAUCAGUCCUUCUGGCUUGAGCCAAAACUGCUCAGCGACUUGGAGAUUAAUGUAAAAAUAGAUGAGGAUCAUUUGGCCACCCUCUACCUUGAGCUUUUACUCCAGGAAGGAUCUUUCUUUGCGAAGGCACUGUGCACAAGACAUGACGAGGAUGAUGAAGAUCAGCUGUCUUUCAAAAAGAAUGAUCUUCUCAUGGUGAAGGACACAGGACAGGAGGACAUGUGGGAGGGCACAUUGCUCACCACUGGCCAUCAUGGACUAGUGCCAGUCACCGCCACUCAGCCGCUUCCCUACCCUUUCUACCAGUGGUUCCUGAGGAAUUACCCGGGCUAUGCAGGGUGCUCGCCAACAGAAAAGGAAGCGUUUGAACAUCCACUUGUGACAGGUUCGUGUGUAGCCGUGGUCGACUACAUUCCGUUGGUUCAAGAUGAGCUCCAGCUAAAUCAAGGGGACGUUGUCGAGAUUCAAGGCCUCAUGGUGCGAGGCCUUGGCGUCUUCAUCGGAAAACACUCCUCCACUGGUCGGACUGGCUUUAUCCACAAGGCCCACGUGCAGCCUCUGGACACCAUGUCGCUACAAAGACAUUUGGUCUUUCUGACCGAGGAGGAGCGAGCCACACUGGCUCAAACCAGCCUGUUUAGCUCCGAGCCGUGUGAUAGCAACCUCCUGGAAAGGCUCUUCUCAUCUGACAUCAGCUCUGUAUACAGGCUAGACAGGCUGGAUGAGUCUGACUUCAUGUAUAUCAGGAAUCGGCCCAAACGUGAUCACAAGGUUCCUUCAAGCACUCGCCAGAGUGUCAUGUCGGAGAGAAGCGGCGGAACGCCUCCGUACCACUCCUCCCCCCGCCCAUCGCUAUCGCACUCGUCACCUCGCGUGUCACUCUGUCAGUCCCGCAAUGCUCUGGCAGAGGAGGGAGAGCACCUGUCCUUCACUUUAGAUGACACAUUCAGAGAACUCGGUGAAUUCCAGGAGGACCCGCCUCUCUUCUUGGAGGAAAACAUUUGGGAAGGGGACGAGUCAGAAAUUAGUGACCCAACGUUGAUCCUGCUAAACCAUGACCAGUUUCAGGAAGACUUCCUUCCACUGUAUGACCUCGAGUGUUCCUUCCUGUGGGUGACCUUCAAUGGGGAGGGCGAGAGUGAACUCUCCGGUCAGCUUGAAGGUGUAAGGGAGUGUGCAAAGCGGAUGGGAAUGCAUUGGGCACGUCGGCGAGCGUGCUUCCUCUUGGGAAGACUCUGCGCCAGGAAGCUCAAGCUAUCGCAGGCUCGUGUAUACUACGAGGAAGCUCUGAGUGUUCAAGUGGACAGUUUUCGUGACACACCACUGUUGAUCGCUCUCCUCACCAAUCUCACAGCCAUCUACCUGAAGCAGCGUAUGACAGACAAGCUGCCCCUCACCCUGGAAAAGGCCAGCGCCGUGCUUCUCUGUCUUCCCAAACAUACCUACACGUCCUCUGAUGAAAUCGAGCUGCUGAAACUGCUUCUGAGGAGGUCGAUGGUAACGGGGGAUAAAUAUCUGGAGGCCCGUGUGUGCUACCUUAUCUCCAGCCUCUUCCUACUUCUAAGGAAGCCUGAUGACGCUCUUCCCUUUGUUGAGCGCUUACAAUUCCUCUCCUCAAGUCUCUCGGCGAACGACGGAUCUGCGAUAGCACCUCUGGACCUCAACUGGCUUUUGAGCUUGCUCUAUCACCGUAAAUACAUGCCUUAUCUGGUGCUGGCUUCUCUGAGCCUUGAUUCAAGACAAGACCACUCGCUCCAUGACGCCUUCCAGAGGAUUGAGAGGUUUAUCAGAAACUCUGCUCGCCUGAACCCGUUUUGGAAGGAGGAAACCUCCCUGCUCCCUGCCCAGGUUGUGGUUUACCUCCUGCAGGCGCUGGCUAUAGCUGAGAAAGAGGGGGACUUAAAGCCGCAGAGAGACCUAUGUCUGGGCUUGGCCUCAGUUUACCAGCAGUAUGGCGCCCUUGAUAAGGCUGUGUGCUGUGCUCAACGAGCGGUGGAGACUGGAGGCUUCAUCAAUGAGGAGGAAGGCUUUGAGGCCUCUGUGCUGCUUGGCUGGCUGCUGGUAUUAACAGGCCAAGCUGAGAAGGCUCACGGUGUCCUCCAACCAUUGCUUGUCUCGCUUCAGGGAUCAGAUAGCUCCACUCAAAGAGGUGUCAUCCACAACCUCUUGGCUUUGUGUCUGAGGCAGCAAGGCCGCAUACCAGAGGCAGGCUGGCAACUCCACUCGGCCUUGGUGAUAUCCCGGGAAAGUGGAAACCAGAGGAAUCAGGCCCUGGCACUGGCCAACCUGGGCUGCCUGGCACUGGAUACUGGGGCGUCGACACUGGCAGAACGUUUCUUGGUCAGAUCUCUGCAACUUUUUCUGGGACUCUGGGAGAGCCCCACCGAUGAAGAGCAUGUGCAGACCUUCCUUUGGCUGGGGAGGAGUUACAAAGACAGGGGGAAGAGUCACCAAAUCAGGGCCUCUUAUGAAAUGGGACUUCUGAUUGCGCUGCAUGCUAGAAAUUUGCCCAGUCAGUUAGUGGUGGCGAAGGUGCUGAGUCGGCUCUAUUCCGACCUGCUGCUUUACGGACAAAGCAUCGUCUAUUAUGAACACUGUGUGUCAGUAGCCAGAGAGCUGAAGGAUAAGAGACUCGAAGGAGAGUACCUUGAAAUAUUAAGCAGCCUCUACCUCUCACUAAAUACCGAAAGAUCGUCUCGUAAAUCUUUGGAUUACACCAAGCAAAGCCUGAGGAUUUCCAUUGAUUUGGGCAAGAGAGAAGAAGAGUCUGAGACCUGGUUGCAGGUGGGAAGGAUCUAUUAUCUCAUCCACGAGGAUGAGCUGGCUGACAUGUACCUGCAGGCAGCAGUGAAGACAGCCCUGAGAAUGAACGACCCUCAUUUCUCGAUGAGCAUCUAUGAAGAAGCGGGGGACGUCUAUUUUAAAGGACACAGGAACAGGAUGGCCUCAUUACCUUUCUACAGGGAUGGCAGUUUACCUUUUUCCCGAAGUAUCAGAGACACCCAUUCGGAGUUCCGCUUGUUGAGUAAACUAACAGAGCUGUUAAUGGAACAAGGGGAACAAGAAGAGGCUCUGCAAUACGCUACGCUAGCUGUUGAAAUAGCUAACAAAACAGGUGUGAGCAAGGCCACGGAGCUUGACUCUACAAUCGGCUUACAACUUCAGAACAGCGACUCCGUUAUCGUUUUUACAGGUGUGCAUAUAAAUGAGCGGACAGCCUACCACCGACUGGCGACAGUUUACUACAACCUUCAGCACUAUGAGAUGGCUGAGAACUACUAUCUGAAGUCCCUGUCGCUCUGUCCGCCCGUCAUGCAGCACCCAAAGGAGGCUCGCUACUUCACUCAGGUCUACUGCAGGCUGGGAAAUCUCACUCUGCACAAGCUCAAGGAUUCGUUUGAUGCGUUGGGUUAUUUCCACCUCGCUCUGGCAGCCGCUCUGGAGGAUCGAGCAAACCCCGAGGCUCUAUACGUAGUGUAUAUGAAGUUAGCGGAGAUCCACGGCAACCACAUGCCUGACGCUCAGCUAUGCCAGCUAUACAGAGACAGAGCCAAUAGCUUGAAGAGAGUUCUGUCAGGGGCAGAGGACUCCGCUGUGAACGAGGAAAUUGGAAAGGAUACAAGUGAACACUGUGACAGUGACCCAUUCCCAAGAACUUCUGGGAUACAAGUGGAUACCCACAGAGACGCUGAAAGACUGAAUGAAGUUAACGAAAGACAGCAUGACUACAUUCCUCCUCGUGACACGAACAAAGAGAUUGGUGACGCCACUGCAUUUAUCAGCUCACAGUCUUACAGUGAGAGUAUUUUGACUGAAUCUUUUGACACAGCCAGAGAAUACAUGUCAGACUCCUGCAGCUCCACGGACACUGUGCAAACUUCCCCGAAACAGAUAGAUGGGAAUGAUUUGACCAGUAACACAAGUCUCGAGCCCGACAAGGAACUGGUCACGGAUCCACAUCUUCAUCAGAGAGACCCCGCUGACAGAGGCAGCGGGGUAGAUAACCUUUCAUCCUGAGUGGAUUCACAUGCGCACCCUGUGGGACUUUGUUCUUUAUUUCCUUUGUCUCUAGACAUAUGUGUCUGAGCCAGUAAACAAAACACUGUGUUUCAACUAAAUGGCACUUAUUUAUUUAGAAUUAGAUGAGGGUUCUUAUUGGCUUUAAAUUGUCUUUUUAUGAACAUUGUCACGAUGAAAGAGUUUUUCUAUGUCUUUUAUACCUCUGCCCCAUACGUCAAAGAAUAUGUUAAUAAGACUACAAAUACAUUUUAAAAGAUGACAAUUCUAAUAAAUUAUUUUUCACUAAUGUUGA